AUGACGAUCAACGACACCACCGACAUGACAACCAAGUCGUAUAGCAAGUUUAAUGAAGAAGAAGAGAUCCUGAAGGAUAACCCAAGACGAUUUUGUCUCUUCCCUAUAAAGUACCAUGAGAUCUGGCAGUUUUACAAAAAGGCAGAGGCUUCUUUCUGGACAGCGGAAGAAAUUGAUCUUUCAAAGGACCAAAACGACUGGGAGAAUCGAAUGACAGAGGACGAACGCUUCUUUAUCUCUCGAGUGCUUGCUUUCUUUGCCAGCUCGGAUGGUAUUGUCAAUGAGAACUUGGUGGAGCGUUUCUGCAACGAGGUGCAAAUUGCCGAAGCCAAGUGCUUUUAUGGAUUCCAGAUCAUGAUUGAGAACAUCCACUCUGAGACCUACAGUCUUUUGAUCGAUACGUAUAUCAAGGAUCCUCAAGAAAAGGAAAUGCUCUUUGAUGCUAUUGAAACCAUACCUUGUAUCAAGAAAAAGGCCGAAUGGGCAUUUCGAUGGAUCUCUUCCAAUGGCUCUUUUGCUGAACGCUUAGUGGCAUUCGCUGCAGUGGAAGGCAUUUUCUUUUCUGGUUCCUUCGCUUCUAUCUUUUGGCUCAAAAAGCGUGGCUUGAUGCCGGGUUUGACAUUCAGCAACGAACUCAUUUCUCGUGAUGAAGGUUUACAUACCGAUUUUGCAUGUCUCUUGUUCUCCCAUUUGCGUCAUCAACCAUCUCAUGAUCGUAUCCGGGAUAUCAUCAUCGAAGCUGUCACUAUUGAGCAAGAGUUCCUGACAGACGCUUUACCGGUUUCGUUGAUUGGUAUGAAUGCCAAGCUCAUGUGCCAGUAUAUUGAAUUUGUGGCGGAUCGUCUUUUGGUGGCUCUUGGUGUAGACAAGCAUUAUCAUUCGACCAACCCAUUCGAUUUCAUGGACAUGAUUUCUCUUCAAGGCAAAACCAAUUUCUUUGAGAAGCGAGUGUCAGAUUAUCAACGUGCUGGUGUCAUGAACAAGGCUCCUGCAGAAAAGGAAUUCACCCUUGAUGCCGACUUUUAA